AUGGCCCCCGCCUCUGUGGUUGGCUUGGUGCACAGUAGGCGUCCGAUCGAGAUCGAGAGAAGCCGGUAUUCAGACCACGAGCUCCGUGCGUUGGACGAAGCGCAGCGCCUGGCAAAGAGGAAAGCUGACCUCGAUGACGAUGAAGAUGAACAGAAUAUAUUGCUGGUUCAGGAUUUGGAAGAAAUUUGGGAGCAGAAAUUCCUACAGUUCAAACCGGGAGCUCGCAUAACAGAAGCCGAUGAGAAGAACGACCGGACCUCACUGCACCGGAAGCUCGACAGGAACCUCGUUCUCUUGGUCAAAGAGAAGUUUGGAGACCAGGAUGUUUGGGUGCUGCCCCAGGCAGAGUGGCAGCCGGGGGAGACCCUCCGAGCAACAGCUGAGCGAACCCUGGCCUUGCUGUCAGAACACAACAUGGAGGCCAAGUUCCUGGGAAAUGCACCCUGUGGCCACUACAAGUUCAAGUUCCCCCAGGCCGUGCGGACAGAAAGCAGCCUCGGGGCCAAAGUCUUCUUCUUCAAAGCACUGCUCCUCACUGGAGACUUUUCCCAGGCCGAGGAGAAGGGCCGGCACGUGUGGGUCAGCAAGGAGGAGCUGGGCGACUAUUUGCAACCCAAAUACCUGGCCCAGGUGAGGAGGUUCCUGUUGGACCUCUGACGCACUCGGCUGCCCGAGGACGAUGCUCGGACAGGUCUGCGACGGGCCCCAGGGACGUGUUGUGGUCGCCCCAUCUGCAGGGAAUCUCAAGAAGCGAACAGUUCUGAGAAAUAAAUGAGUUGGUCACUGUG